AUGGCGCCGAAGAAGCUGACGGACUGCCCGGAAAAUCUCCGGGAGUCCAUCGACUGGCUGAUACAGGUUAGAUACGGUGGUGAUGGUCAAGGUAUUCCAAAGUUGGCUGAAGCCUUGGAAAAGUUGAUUGAUGAGGCUAUUUCUAAGGCUGAUGAGAGUCUUAAAAAGAGGAAAGAGCAACUUGAGUGCCCUGAAACUUUCCAGUUUUGUACUAAGAAGAUGAAGCUUAUUACGGAUUUUGAGUCUGAAAUUACCGAACUUAAAAAGUCCUCAAAUGAGUCUCAAAACACCUCUAAUAAUACCUCUUUGACCUCUAAAAACUUUGAAUUAGAUAUGUUAAAAAAAGAGAAAGACGAUCAUUAUAACAGAGAUCAUAAUCUUUCUAAGGAAGUCAGGGACAAAGCUUUGAAGGAUGUGAAUGACAGGUUGGAGGAACUUAAAAAACAUCAAGAUAAUCUUAACAACUUUAAUAAUAAUUCUAAAGAGUUAUUAACUAACCUCUGUCUAGGUUUAGAAAAGUUUCUAGGCUUCGACGCAUCUUCCAAAGGCUACUCGGGCGCCGGCAUCGUGUACUCGGACCUUGACAGGCUGUGCGACGGGGUGAUGGCGUUCUUGCAUUCCGUGCUUAAAGAUGUCCAUGGAAAUAACAAUCUUUUGCCUUAUAAAACUCAAUUAGAUGCUGCUGUAUAUGAGUUGGAACGUAAUCGUCAUAAAGGUAAAACAGGUUUGCAGGCUGUGAUAACUCCAGUCAAGGAUAGGAUUGCGGCGUGGUUGGGGGAUCUGGAGGGGAGGAUUAAAGACGUGCAAAGGCCGUUAAAACGUUUAGAAACUGAUUUAGACAUCUUAAAAACGUCAAUUGAAGGUUUGAAGGAAAGAGAAUAUGACAGCGUUAGGGACAUUGAGUUGUAUGGUUGGUUGACAUCCGUCAAAAAUCUGUCGUUAUCGUCAUAUGAAUCCUCCGACAGAUUAAAGAAACUUGACGAAAACAUUCAAAAGGAAUUGCAUCCGCACAUAAUCUUAAUUGUUCGGGAGGUUAACACAUUUAUCACUUGCGCCAAGAAGGACAGAAAAGGUCUUAGAGAGGUUUGCGAGAAUAUGGAGAAGGAAUUUAAAGGAUUAGAUGAACAUCAUAAGGAUCGCAUAACUAACAAGACAUAUGGGUUAAAAAAGAAAAUAUAUGAUGAUAUUACGAAGCUUAAGAAUAAUGUUUCAGGUAAAUAUAAAGCUGCUUUAGAGUCCUGCAUUGCGCAAGCGCAUAGAACACUUACGGAUGCCAAGGAAGUGGCGGGGGCGUACACGGCGGUGGUGUUUAAUGAGCGCAGAAGAAAGCAAUUUAUUGAGCAGUUCACUAACAUUGAAAAGUUGCUUGAUGAGCUUAAGCAGAAUGGUAAGCUGGUUACAGAUACGGAGCGCUCCCAGCUUCAUACGCAGAUCAAAGGAAUUCUGACAAACAUCCAAGGUCUGGACACGGAUCUUAAUAGUACCGGAAAGCUAAUUGGCGGCGCAAUUCAUCAGGCUGUAAGAGACGUUGGCACAGCGCUUCGCCAGUUAGAUCAAAAAGUGCAGGCGGAUUUGAGGGAGUUGAAGUCUCAGAUUGACUCUAAGAUUAAAAACGUAAUUGAUACGAUGAAGAAUCAUGGAGUUGACAAGAUUGUGGGUAAGAUUAGAAGCGGUGGAAGUAUUGUAGAUGCCAGUCACCUUAUUAGCGAGUUCGGUGAUGGUCUGAAUGGUGUCAUUCCCAGGUUGGAGGCUUUAAUUAAUUGGUCUAUGCAGGCAGACAGUACCUUGAGAGACUCUUUGAACCAGUUAAGGGACAAUGGCAGAGGCAAUUACAGCGCUCUACAAGAUUUCCUGGAGAAGCUUGGUGAAAACAUUCACGCUCUUAAACCCGAUCAACAGAACUUCUAUGACUCCCUUGUCAAGGACAUUAAGGAUCAUGUUGAAGCUGAUUUCAAGGGGGCUGAUAAAAAGGAAAAUGCUGUUAAGAAACUGAUGAUAAAUUAUAAAAAGUGGGUGACAAGCGAGCCCGACGCUGAAGAAGGCAACCUUGAUAAAAAAAUCAGCGCUAUUAAAGGACGCCUUCAAGAAUAUUUCAUAAAGCUUGACACAGGUAUCGACGUAUCCUUUAAACUUGGUGAAGGAACACAAUUCGGCACUUACCAUAAAACAAAGGAAGCAGCCGAACAGUCCAUUGCAAAAGUCCUGUCCAAUAUAUUGACGCUUGAGAAAAUUCCGGAUACUGUUCAAAAAGCGAAGUCUAGUGUUGAUACAUUCAUCGAGGAGAUUAGGAGUAGAUUCCAACUGCUCAAUACGCAAGCUGGAGAAACUCUCGAAUUCGUGACCACGGCUGGAACGCGACUGUCUCAUAUGAUUACGAAUAUCGACAAGGAAAUUGAUGAAGUCCACAGAAAGGCUAAGUGGUACAUCCAGGAAUUACACAACCAGUACAUGCAAAAAUCUGCCGAAGCCCAAAAAGCCAUCAAAAACGAAUUCUUCAAACACUUUGCAAUAUCGAAAGAAGCUGGACUGGAGAGGUUGCAAAAACUUGUUACGGACAAAAAUGCUGAGAUUGCUGAGAUCAGUAAAAAGGAUCUAUCUAACGGUGUCAAGGGGUUGAUGGGUAGAAUGCAACAUGUUUUGUUAGAUUAUGUUAAGAAUAUUGCGUCAAUUGGAGAUGCUUACGUGCCAUUCUCUACUAAACACAAAUCGCAACUGAGCCACGCGGCGGAACAUUUAUGUAUGGGCUUCAGUAACCUUCUGACGUCGCUCACAAUGCAAGAUGAAAUUCAGCAGUAUGAGGGAAAUGUCAAUCAAAUAUCCACGUGCCUUGAAUCUCUGCUCAACCAAGUUAUGACAUCACAGCAUUUCGACUACGAAGUUAAGAGGAAGCGCUUGGAUUUCGAAAAUGUACUUCAUGAACUUCAGACAGAGACAUUCCAAGACGCUCCUGAAGCGGUUUUAUUGCCGUUGAAGCAUGGACUUGAGGAAUUUAUAGAGGAGUUAAAGAGAGAAUACGUGUCGACUUAUUCCUUGCAAGAGUGGAAAUCUGCAAAUUCUGAGAAAUUCGCGAAGGUGUGCCUUACUCUAAUUGCUGUCCUGUUUACAAAGAUGAAUGAGCUGAGGGUAAGGUGUAAGGAUGGAGGUGAGUAUGGAUGCAAGUUGAAAACAAUCUAUCACUCCGAUUCGGAUUCUGAUCUUAAUCCGCUUGGAAAUUUUUUCGACAGGUGCGGUUUCAUUGUUCCAACCGCUUAUCUGAAAAAUGAUGGGGAGUUGCGCAAUAAUCCGGAUUUCAAGGGUGAUCAGAUUUAUGAGCUUAUAACCAAUACGAAUCUCGUUAAAGACGAUGAUCAAAAUGAAAAACCUACAACAAAGCAUAGUAUACUCAAAAAUCUUAUAGAUUAUCUCAACGCCUACUACGCUAUCUCCCACCUGCGCUACGACGAAGGUGCAAAACCUCCGACCACCGUGUUUCAUAUGCUAUGCUGGCUUAACGGUCUUUGGUGUAAUCCUGUACGUGAGCCACUUUGUAAUUACUUCAAGGAAUUGUUUGAUAAGGAUUCCCAAACAUUGAGCGUUGCUGUGCCCACCAGUUUGAAAAGCGUAGUGGGCUUUUCAGUCCAAGCCAGCGACCUUACAAGUGCGCUCUUCGAUGUCUGCCACCAUUCUCAUUCUGUCCUUAUCUCUAUACUGGGCAGCGGCCACGCAGGUGGCAUGUAUGCUUCUGAUUUUUCCAACAAUUCUUUGAAUUUAUCUUAUCCCACCGACAUGAUAACAUUGCUUUGCUUGCUAGUUGCUAUCCUCAAACGCCUGCAUUUCCAGCUUUACUUCCUAUACCAACAGUGCUUGCACAAUACUAACCUAAGUGGUUGGGGUGAUUGCCAUUACGGUCAAGGUGUCGCUGGCUCCAAUUGGCAGUGCAAUGAUCUUAAAUGCACGGAGUGCAACAGUAACAAAGGAUGUAAAACGCAUCCUCAAUGCGGCCUCAAGUCGCCACUUCAGUCGUUCCUGGAAGACGGCCUGAGAGGUUUCCUGCCACAUGAUGUGACUGUUAAAGGCCCUGGCCUUUCAUGUUCCACCUGUAAUAAGGCAUCGCCUGGUAUGCCAUGCAGGACCCCGAUGGGUUUACCCGAAAUAGGUGUCAUGGCAUCGCAUACAAAGCUGGGCAAGCACAUUUACAUAGCUCUAUCUGACUUUUGUAGCGGUGAAUGGUCUCCCCUAAGUAGACUCUGCGGUCUGUUUAAUUGUAUUAUCCCUAGUGCACCUAAAACACUCGACGAGAUGUUCGGGUUCUUCUACCAAUUACUAAACGGGUGGGAUGACAAUAAUAGAAAACAGCCGUCGUGA